CUGGAAAUUCUUACAACCCCCUUAAAAAUUUUUAUUUGCCCUACCCCCGUCUGCUCCGCUCGAGUAUCCCGCACGACGCCUCCGGCUUCUGUUCCGCGUCUUCGGCUUCUCCUCUCUGUACGACAGCAUCGCCGGACGACGCCUCCGGUUGCAGGCAGGACGAUGCCGCCGACUCGACGGUUUGACCUAGGGUUUCGCUGCCAUUUUGGCUUUCACUUUGUGCAGCGAUGUACUAUAAAACAUCCAAUCCUAUAUGUUGGGCUUCAUCGGUUGGUACUGCUUCCUUAGCUCUUGAUGCUUGACACAUUCCACACCAUAGACAAUGUCUACAGACUCUCCUUUUGAUCAGGAACAUCCUGUGACUGAUGAUGGGAGAAUUGAGUUCUCAUCAAUUGGGGAAGGGCAUUUUAUUUUCGAAGAUAAAAAUUUGGUCUACAGUGAAGAUGAUCAAGUACAACAUGAACUUGAGGUACAGUUAGGGGAGGAAAGCCAAACUGAUGUUAAUGCAACUGUCUUAUGGAAACAUGUGGUUAAAGGGAGGAAAUGUGGUAAUGCUCAUGGAGGUUCCCAUGUUUUUAAAUGCAAACAUUGCCAAAAGAUAUAUCAUGGUACCUACACACGAGUUUAUGCACACUUGAUGGGACAUAAAAAAGGUGAAAGUAAAGGGAUUGGCUAUUGUUCUGCUGUGAAGGCUGACAAAAACUUACAACUCCAAAUUAAGAGAGAAGUUGAGCAAGCUGAGAGCUCACCAAAUGUGGUUCCAUUGAAGAAAUCAAAACUCAAUUCCUGCUCCGGGGCUACAUCGCAGGGGCCUUCAUUAGCCUUGUCCUAUGCAGGUUCCUUCGAGAAAGAUCCGUCAGCGCAAGAUGGACAUGAUGUCGAUUCUAAGUUAAUUCGUUGUUUAUGUGCAAAUGGUAUCCCUUUUAAUGUACUAAGGUCACCUUAUUGGGAAGAAAUGGUGUCAGCAAUAAGUAAAGAACUUGGUUAUAAAAGCCCCUCAUAUGAAAGAGCAUCUACUAUUCUAUUGCAGAAUGAAAGGAUCAUAGUUGAAAGUGAACUAGAUGAUUUCAAGCAGAAGUGGUCUCAUUAUGGAAUUUCAAUCCUAUCGAAUGGUUGGACUGAUAUCAAACAUCGUCCGUUAAUCAAUGUAAUAGCAUCAAAUCAAUUUGGGUCCAUGUUUCUACAUGCUCUUGACUUUCAAAUUGUUGAGAAAUCUCAUAAAAAAAUCGCACACUACAUGCUGGAAACAAUUGAGAAGGUUAGCCCAUAUAAUGUUGUUCAAUUGAUUAUGGAUAAUUCAGCUAGUUGCAGAGCUGCAGGCGAGGAUGUAAUGAAAGCAUAUCCUUGCAUAUUUUGGAGCCCUUGUAUUGUCCACACGCUAAAAUUGGUUCUUAAGGAUGUCAUUAAAGAAUUACCUUGGCUGAAGAAAACAUAUUUGACUGCAAAAGCUAUUGUGAAAUAUAUUGUAUAUCACUUUGAUGCAGCUGAGAUCUUUCUUAACCAUUCGAAGUUAGAGUUGCUAAAAGCUGCAACAAGACCUUAUGCUGUUUACUAUAUUUUUCACCUUUUAUUUAAUGUAAAAGAGACCUUGGUGGCUGCUGUCUUAUCCGACCAAUGGGAAAUAUGGUCUAGACUACCUAUACUUGAUGAGAAAGUCGAGCUUUGUGGAUACAGUGUGAAAGAAGGUAUCUUGUCAGAGGAUUUUUGGGAGGCUGUGCAAUUGGCAUUGGAUAUUAUAAAACCAGUAUACAAAAUGAUUAAAUUUACCGAACAAGAAGGCCCUUUAAUUGGAGAAAUUUGUGAAAGAAUGGACAAUAUGUUGGGAGAGAUCCAAGAUAAUUUGAAAAAACAUGUGGAGAUGUUUAUGACUGUGAAGGAAAAACUUUUUUCUAGAUGGACCAAGAGUAAUGUUCCAUUGCAAUGCUUGGCUUAUGCUCUUACUCCAAAAUAUUAUGAUGAAGACCUUAUUCAAACUCCUGCACCUGGAGGUAGAAAGAGAUGUGCUCCAGACCAGGAUGAUGAUAUUUUCGAGGGAGCCAUGGCUGCAAUAUGCAAAAUGCAUCCAAAUGAUGAUCACGCGGACACCAUUCGUGUCCAGUUCUUGUCAUUUGUGGAGAAGAAGGGCAAGUUCUCAUCUCCGACGGCUAAAAGGGAUGCCCGAAAUCCCAAAAUCAAUGUCCUGCAGUGGUGGAAGUUUCAUGGUGGAGAUACAAAAGAACUGAGAGACAUGGCUUUUAGAGUACUAGCACAACCAAUCAGUGCCUCUUCCAUUGAAAAACCUUGGAGCACAUAUAAUUUCAUCCAUCACGCUAAAAGAUACCAACUGAAUGAAAGCCAAGCAGACGACCUGAUGUUUGUCCAUUCAAAUUUGAGAUUGCUAUCAAGGUUUAAUCAAAAUUACCAGUAUGGGCAGCAUAGAAAAUGGGAUAUAAAUUCUGGACAUGUUUUUACAGAUGAAUCUUCUUCCCAGUGGGAAGAAAUGCAUCUUUCAGGUCUUGAAGAGGAGAGUUCUUUUCUGAGCCCAGCUUCUACUUCUCAUAGUUCUAUCCAGGAGCUGUUAAGAAUCAUAGAAGAUGUUCCUUCAAACUGUAAUCAGUCCACUGAUGAUGCAAGUCUGGUUAAUUGUGGAGACAGGGGGAGCCCAGCUGUUGGGGUUUAUAGGCUUGAUUCAACUGGUAAGACAAAGAAAUUCUUGUAAUGUUGUUACAUUUUGUUUCACUCUCUCAUCUUUUUUGAGACAUUUUAUUGAGAAUAAUUUCCUGUAGAUUCAGUUUUUGAUCAUUUUUGCCA